UUUCACAGUAACAGAGUGUCAAUGGCUGCUCCUCUUAUUGUAAGAACUCCCACAUUCCACACCCUUCGAUCUCACACUCACCAACACCCUCUCAACAAACACUUAACUGCAUCCUCUUCCUUCAAGACCAAAUCUCUUUCCCUCCUCAACUUCGCAAAGAUGGAAGGAAGUGAAAUCACUGAGCAAGUAGCAGAGAAAGCAGGGGAGGAUUUGAGUGUGAAGAAGAAAAUUUUUGUUGCUGGUGCUACUGGUAGCACUGGAAAAAGAAUCGUUGAGCAGUUACUUGCAAAGGGUUUUUCUGUUAAGGCUGGGGUUAGAGACUUGAACAAGGCGAGGACCACCCUUUCCUCUAAUAACCCAUCUCUUCAAAUUAGAGUUCAUGUGCAGGUGAAAGCUGAUGUUACAGAUGGUUCUGACAAGCUAGCUGAAGCCAUUGGUGAUGAUUCAGAAGCAGUAGUAUGCGCCACUGGCUUUCGGCCAGGAUGGGAUUUGCUUGCUCCUUGGAAGGUUGACAAUUUUGGGACAGUAAACCUUGUUGAAGCAUGCAGGAAACUUAAUGUUAACAGAUUUGUUCUUAUCAGUUCCAUUUUAGUUAAUGGAGCAGCUAUGGGACAGCUACUCAAUCCAGCUUAUAUCUUUCUCAAUGUUUUUGGACUCACCUUAGUAGCAAAACUACAGGCAGAACAAUAUAUCAGGAAAUCCGGUAUAAAUUACACGAUAAUUAGACCUGGGGGGUUGAGAAACGAUCCUCCUACUGGAAAUGUUGUUAUGGAGCCAGAGGACACCCUUUAUGAAGGUACAAUAUCCAGAGAUCAAGUAGCAGAAGUAGCUGUUGAUGCAUUGGCUUAUCCUGAGGCAUCUUAUAAAGUUGUUGAGAUAGUCUCUCGCCCUGAUGCUCCUAAAAGAUCAUACCUUGAUCUUUUUGGUUCCAUAAGGCAACGAUGAUUUCUGAGUUUAGGACUUGAUAGCAGAUAAGCGAAUUGGUUUCCCUUGUUUCUGUGCUUUCUGGUGGCAAAUGUGUACCCUACUUUUUUCCCAUGUGUGUUGCUUCAUUAAAUUGGUAUGCCAGAGUAAUAUGUAUAAAUAUUUACACACAUCUUUUGUUUUAUUUUUUGUACAUUUCUCUUUCCUUCCAUUAAAGGUUAGUAAAGAAUUCACUUUAA